AUGGCAUGUGAUAGAUCUUAUACUGUGGUUAUCGUCCCUCUGCAAAACAGCCUGUACAGCUCAGAUGCACUGCGAUUCUUUUACUGGCUGAAGAGACUGAGAGCAUUGGAGAGAGAGAAGGACUGUUUGUGCACUGGUUUGCAGGUCCUGGACCAGGCCCGGUACUGGUAUCAACACCAGCUGGAGCAGAUCUCCCACAGACAUGCGAGGAGUGGUACAGGAGACCAAGAAGACGAGGGCUGGUCAUGUGCAUUGCGCUCUUGUAUGCAGCGUGUAAAUGGAAGUCUGGGUAAUUUACUGAACAGCACAUGGGUUUGGAGCAGUACUGCACCUGAAGAGAAAAACGGCAUGGACUGGGACCUGCGCUGGACCAACACCACCCUCACCCAGGAGGUGAGUCAGAAGAAUCAACAGAUAACAGAGCUGGAGCUUGAGAAGAAGUUACUUCUGCAGAGAAAUUGCGUACACUACGUCUGAUUACAGUGUUGUAAAUAUGUUUGUACCCUGUACAUAAGAGGUAUUUCACAUGGAAUUUCUUUAAAAUGCUAA